GGGCAUAACUGCAAUAAAUAACGAAGCGCAAGGGUAGUUAAUAUUGAAGAAAGCUACGAGGAGUCCAUCUGAAGAAAAAUUAAAAGCCUACAAAAUGCUUGGGGAAGUGCUCUAAAUCCAAACAAAAUCAUUUUCUCCGUUUAUUCUUUUUCUUUUAUAAUUUCUGGUCAUUUCAUUUCUCAAAAGAAGUUCAAAACGCACACUAACGCUCACAGUCUCCCUCUCUCUCUCUAAGUUUUUUUUUUUUGCUCUGUUUUUAAGAUUCUUCUUCUUAAUCAAGCUUUUGACUCUGAUUCGGAGGUAAUCUUUGAUUAUCAACUGAUUAAUCAUCAUUUAGUUUCUUCUUCUUUUGAUUACUUAAACUUCAGUUUCAAGACCUUUGAUCUUUAACCGAAUCACCUUCAGUAGCUUCAGUUUUGAUAGUUGGAUUUUAUCUAAAAUCAAAGCUUCCAAUGCAAGACUGAGAAAGGAAAGUGAAGAGAAAGUCUCAGUUCUGCUUUUCAGAUUUUAUGCUGGAGAUGGAGAUUGCUUUUUCUUCAUGCUCAUGUGCAGAGUAAAACUAGUCGGUAAUCUGACUAAGAGAUGACCAAGCAUCGUUUUAGGGAGUCUAUCAAGUCCUUCUUUGGUGAUCAUGUUGAUCCAGAAAAAGAAGAACAGCUUAAAGGAAAUAAAAUAGAAAUUGAUGACAAUGUGACAAAAAUGUUGAAGCUCAUCAAGGAUGAGGAAGUUGAAGAAAGUGAUGGGAUCUCAAUAGCUAAUCCCAACAAGGAACCACUUGUCCAGUUAAUUGAGGAUUUUCACAAACACUAUCAAAAUCUCUAUGCACAAUAUGAUCAUCUCACGGGGGAGCUGAGGAAAAAAGUUCAUGGCAAACAAGAAAAAGACGCUUCUUCUUCGUCAAGUUCAGAUUCAGACUCUGAUUAUUCUUCAAAAGAUGGAGGCAGUAAAAAUCGACAACCGGAAAGUGAAUUUCAGAAAAAAGCAGAAGGCAUUAAACAAGAACUUGAAGCAGCAAAUCUGGAAGUUGCUAACCUUAAGAGGAAGCUGACAGCUACAAGUGAAGAAAAAGAUGUUUUAAAUUCUGAGUAUCUAGCUUCUUUAAGUAAGGUGCAAGAAGCGGAUGAAAUCAUCAGAAAUCUGAAGCUUGAAUCUGAAAGAUCAAAGAGUGAAAAAUCAGAACUCGCUGUUCAGAAUGAAGAGCUGAGGCAUAAACUGGACAUUGCUUGUAAGAUAGAAGCUGAGGUGAAUCAGAGAUUGGAAGAUCUGAAUAGGGAAAACAAUAACUUAAUUCUAGAGAAAGAGACUGCUGUUAAAAGAAUUGAAGAUGGCGAGAAGUUUACAGAAGAUCUCAGAAGAGAAGUUGAUUGGAUGAAAGAGGAAAAUAUAACUCUAAAGCAAGAGCUUGAAAGGUUUAGGGAGAAAGUUUCCAGCAUGCAGCAACAGCUGGAAUCUGCAGAACAGCAAGUUUCAGAAUUGAGCCACAGUCUUAAUGCUACUGGGGAGGAGAAUAAAUCCCUGACGUCGAAAAUUUCUGAGGUUUCAAAUGAGAUUCAGCAGGCACAGGGCAUAAUACAACAACUCAUGGCUGAAAUGAGUCGGGCAAAGGAGGAACUGGGUGAGAAAGAAAGGGAACUUUUAACACUCACAGAGUUGCAUGAGGUGCGUGGGAAUCAUUCAUCUGCUCAGAUAAAAGAAUUAGAGGCACAAGUAACAAGCUUGGAACUCGAGUUGGAAUUAUUGAGAGCAACAAACAGAGAUAUGGAGGUACAAAUGGAGAACAAAGCAAGUGAAGCAAAACAGCUGGGAGAGCAAAAUAUAGGACAGCAAUCCCAAAUUUCAGAACUUGAGAUGAUGUCUAAAAAGAAAGAAGAAGAACUUUUGACUCUCACAAAGAAAUUUGAGGAUAAUGAGAAAGAAUCUUUGUCUAGAGUGGAGAACUUGACAGUGCAGAUCAACAAUCUGCUAGUGAACGAGGAGUUCCUAAGCACCCAGAAAGCUCAGUUGGAAGAAUAUAUAGUAUUUAGAAGUGAUGAAGUAUUAACUCAAGUCAAGAGCUUAAUGGAUCAGAUAAAUACAUUGCAGCAGGAGCUGGAGGCCCUGCAUAGCCAGAAAGCAGAACUGGAAGUGCAGCUUGACAGGAAAACUCAAGCUAUUUCAGAUUAUGUUAUUGAGAUAGAAAAGGCAAAAGAAGAGGCAGUAAGCAAGACUGAGGAUCACCAGAGAGUUCUGCAGGAGAAAGAAGGUUUGCUGGCACAAACGAAGGAUCUAGAAUUUGAAGUCAACUCUCUAAAGAAUCAGAAAGGUGAAUUGGAAGGGGAGUUAAGAACCAAAAUCAAAGAGAACAAUCAGUUGAGAGAGGAAAAGGUGGGGUUACAGGGUCAAAUCUUUGAAUUAGAGAAAACAUUGGCAGAAAGAGAGCUUGAGUUCACUGCUCUCCAGGAAAAACAUGCAAGCGCAGAGAAUGAAACUUCUUCCCAAUUAACAGCCCUAUUGGUGCAGGUCAACAAUUUUCUGCAGGAGUUGAAUUCCCUACAGACCCAGAGAGAUGAACUGGAGUUGCAGCUCGAGAAAGAGAAACAAGAAUCGUCAGAAAGAUUGACUGAAAUGGAGAACCAGAAAUCUAAGCUAGAAACUCAAAUUAACAAUCACCAGAAAAUGCUAGAAGAACAGAGGCAGGCAUAUAAGAAGUUGGCUGAAGAAUACAAACAGUUUGAGGGCUUAUACCAAGAGUGCAAGGCAAAUCUUGAAGUCGCAGAAAGGAAGAUGGAAGAAAUGUCAGAAGAAUUCCAUAGAAACAUUGAAUCUAAAAGUCAGAUGGCAGCUGAUCUGAAGCAAAUGGUUGAGGACCUUCAAAAAGAUUUGGAAGCCAAGGGAGAUGAGAAAAAUGAUUUCAUAAACCAGAUUACAGAUCAUCAGAGAAUGCUAAAAGAACAAGAAGAUGCGUUUAACAAGCUAAGCGACGAGUACAAACAACUUGAAACUUCAUUUCAGGACUGCAAGGCAAUUAUUGAAGUCACAGAAAGGAAGAUGCAAGAAAUGGCAGGAGAGCACAAUGAGAAAGUUCAAUCUAAAGAUCAAAUAGUAGCUGAUUUGGAGCAAAUUGUCGAAGACUUGAAAAGAGAUUUAGAAAUGAAAGGAGAUGAGCUCAGUACUUUGGUCGAGAACGUCCACACCAUUGAAGUCAAGCUCCGCUUGUCAAACCAAAAACUUCGAGUCACGGAACAGUUGCUAACUGAGAACGAAGACAGCUUCAGAAAAGCAGAAGCAAAGUUCCUGGAAGAACAAAGAAUGCUUGAAGAAAGUAUCGCGACAUUGUCUGCAACAGUUGCUGCAAACAAUGAAGCCCAUUGCAGGAUGAUCAAUGCUAUCUCAGAGAAUGUGAAUUGUACCUUGACCGGAUUUGAAGCUGUCAUCCAGAAAUUUGAGGAGGGCUAUAGAAACUACGAGCACUGUGUUGAGGAAACAUCGAAAGAGCUAAGGAUUGGGAAAAAUUGGGUUGAAGAGGCAAAGAGUGAAAAGAAGCGGCUGGUGAAUGAAGUGAGUAAUUUGAUUGAGCAACUAAAAGAUCAGAAAGAACAAGAAUCUAUGUUGCGAGAGAGAGUUGAGAAGCUACAGAUUAAGGCAAACAAGGAACAAGGUGAGAAGGAGAAUCUGCUGAAAGCCGUGAAGCAUCUGGAAAAGAAGGUGGAACUCUUGGAGUCAGUAAUGAAAGACAAGGAUCAAGGUAUACUGGGUUUAGGAGAGGAGAAGAGGGAGGCAAUUAGGCAGCUGUGCGUGUGGAUUGAUUAUCACCGCGGCCGCUGCGAUGAUCUGAAGGAAAUACUCUCGAAAACUGUGAUAGUCCAGAGGGCAACCUAGUGGAAGUCCCUGGUAUUUUUCAUUCCCUUAUGUUAAUUCUGGUUUUGCAUUUACGGAUAAUUUGACAUUGUUUCAUUUUUUAUUU